AUACAAAACAGUAGACAAUAUUAAAAACAAACAAUGCGUUCAAACGCCAGACAUUUAGUGAUUAUUUUAGCCGUCAUUUGUCUUUUGCUGGAAAUUAAAUGCAAAAAACUUAAACUUUUAUUAAUUGUGCACCGACACGGAGACAGGACUCCAUGGGUCCCAUACCCGACCGACCCGUUCAACAACGAGGACCAGUACUGGCCCGACGGCUUCGGUCACCUCACGAUCGGAAACAACGGAUGUACUCAUUGGGCAAAUACCUGCGCAAACGGUACGACCACUUCUUGGGCACCAGUCCUCGGGAGGCGUGGGUCCGGAGUUCAGCCCGCGAGCGGUGUCUGGAAAGCGUGACUAUGUUGUUGGCCGGCCUCUACCCACCCACUGGUCGCUGGGUGUGGAACCACCAGUUGGGCCAUAUCUGGCAACCGGUGCCCAUCAAAACCGUCGAGUUUGAAAAGGACGGCGUGAAUUCUAUCUGUCCGAUGGCUUCCCGUGUGAUGUCAAUGAUAGACCAGUCGCCGGCUGUGCAACAGUUGUACCGCAAAUAUAAGCCGUUGAUUGGGUUUAUUGAACAGAAGAGCGGUAUGAAAAUCCGCCACUACAGGGAUGGUAGGGAUCUGUUUGACACGCUGUACGUCCAGCGCCAGAACCAGUACUCAUUGCCCGAUUGGGUCAACCAAACCCACGACACACAGCUAUCUGUGCUGUUGUCGGCGCUCAACAUCUACAAUGGCAUACCUCCGCCGUACGGAUCGACUAUUAUGUUUGAAUUAUACGAAACCAAUUGCGGUGACGAUCACAAGACAAGUGGUGGUAAACAACAAUUGUCUCCACAAUUACAACAACCAAUUGGUCACAGACUGGAAGUGCAUUACUUGAAUGUCACCGAAUCAGAGCAGUCAUACCUCCUGGCCGUCAAUGGCUGCGCGUUUGGCGCUCGAAAUGAGACAAUGGUUUGCGAUGUGAAACACUUCUUGGAUUCCGUGAAGACAUUGAUUGUCGACAAUUGGGACGACGAGUGCAUUGACUCGUAUUGGAGGCGACUCUUCCGGAACAUUGAAUUAUAG